AUGAUGAGACAGGACAGCGACCUGAUCCCCCGCCCAUACCCUGCUACGAACCGCUCCACCACGCGACCCCAGGAGCCGCGUCAAACGCCAUCGGAGACGAACACCUUCCUCCUCCUCAACUUGUUCUUGGCUGCUCUCUCCACGCUAACGACAGCUGCAGUUUCACCUGCGGUCUUUGUGUUCGGAGACUCCACCGUCGACGUCGGGAACAACAACUUCUUGCCCAGCGAUGCACCGAAGGUCAACUUCCCUCCCUGGGGAAUCGAUUACCCUGGACGAACUCCCACCGGGAGGUUCACCAAUGGCUUCAACUACGCCGAUUACGUCGCCAAAGCAGUAGGCUUAGCGAUGAGCCCGCCACCUUUCCUUUCUCUUUCCAAUGGGAAUCAGAUGCUGAGAGGAGUAAACUUCGCAUCUGGUGGGGCAGGGAUUCUCGAUACCACAGGCGGAGAUGUGAUCGCCAUGGCGACACAGAUUGAAGACUUCGAGCAGGUUGCGGCGAACCACACGGAAAGAUUAGGGAAUAAGUCUGCUGCUGUCUUCCUGGAGAAGUCUCUCGUUCACUUGAUCGUUGGGAGCAAUGACAUCUACGCGCUGUAUUCUCUUCUCAGUCCGGGAAACAGCACUCAGAAGGAUGAAGUCGUCGUUCUUCUACUCGACAAGUUCAAGCAUCAAAUAGAGAGGCUAUAUGAUCUCGGAGCACGAAAAUUUGCAGUCCUGGGAGUUGCACCGAUUGGGUGUGUUCCGAUGGUCAGAGUCGCAAUUUCUUCGUAUGGCUGCAACGAAGAUUUAAAUGAUCUUUGUCUACGCUUCAAGACUGCCACAAAGGCCCUCCUGAAGGACCUCAGCAUGUCAUUGAAGGGAUUCCAGUACUCGUUCGGAGACUUAUAUGAAAUGUUCACCCAAAUCUUCUCUGAUCCCCAAAAAUAUGGGUUUACGGAGCUCAAAGCUGCGUGCUGUGGAGGUGGGAGAUUGAACGCCGAGUUUGCCUGCCUGCCGAACUCCACAUACUGCAGCAACCGUGACCAAUACGCCUUCUGGGACUUGAGUCAUCCCUCCCAGGCUUUGCACAAAACGAUGACUCAGCUGGCACUCUAUGGACCGCCAUUGAUAGCCAACCCCAUCAACAUUCAUCAGUUGGUGAAGAGUUAGAACCACUGGAGUGGAGUGUUUUCUGCGUCAUCUUUGCAAAACUCGGUCUGAAAAUAAACUCGCCUUCUUCUUCUUUUGUGAUGCGCACUUGUACUUGAUGCCGGAAGGUGUUUGAUGAAUAAUAUUUUCAUUUGUGAAA